GGAGAACAGCAGGAUGUUAUUUGGGUUGCUGAGUGGUUGGAGGUAGUGCCAUUUAGAUGGUUGGCACAUUGUUCGUGGUGUCAUUAGAUGGUUGGCACAUUGUUCGUGGUGUCAUUAGAUGGUUGGCACAUUGUUCGUGGUGUUAGAGAAUGAGACACACCACCUUAACACCUGCGUGUGUCCUGUGUGUUCUGGUGAUUUUUGUGGGUACGUUGUCAGGUGCCACAGGCAGGUUGGAAGAAGCGGUGUUUACAGUAAACAACGUUGAUCGUGUUGAUGGUGUUGAUCCUGGCCACCACAGCUACCGGAUGCUAGAGGGCGUCACGGCUACCUUCAACUGUACGGCUACUGGCUACAGGCAUGGUGACACGCUCACCAUCUCAGUGGGAGCUGGUGACAACUUGAAUGUCACCAAAACACACAAUUACACAAGUGACAUCUUGAAUGUCACCAAAACACACAAUUACACAAGUGACAUCUUGAAUGUCACCAAAACACACAAUUACACAAGUGACAUCCUAAAUGUCACAGAGUCACAAACUGUCACAUACACCAUACACAACGUCACGUGUGCUGAUAUGGGCACAUACACGUGUACAGUGGGACAUACAGGACAAAGGUCACAUGACAUCAACAUACAUCUACUGAUAUGGCAUUGUCCCCCCCAACUGUGUCGGGUCCAGCACCAUCAGCAGACUAUCACAGCUGUACCAUACAGACCAGCUGAUGUGUCCUUCUGUGUCGUGACACACCCAGUUCACACACCCCACCCCCUGCUAAAGAUUGGGGACACAACCCUGACCCCAGGGGGAGAUGACCCACUGUACAUCUUCAACUGGACCCACCUUGGGGGGUUGUACCACACCGUCCAGCUUCACAUAAAGAACGUCACUCAGUUCCAGUACAUGAACCUAGUGCUCUUCACAUCAGAGAGAAAAGUCUUGGCACACAGGAUCAAAGUUAGACCAGAUGAGAAGAUAGAGUUUAAUCACCAAGUCGACUACAACAACAGUGAGCUGAUUUUAACCUGCAAGGCUACAGGCUACCCAAUAGAUGUUCAAAUCAGUUCGCGUAAAAAUCAGACACUUCUUAGUUUAAAAAAUAACACAAAGGGCGAUAACUCUAGACGUUUAGAGUACGUGGAAAUGGAUCUGUCGUGUGAGCGCCACAUGAGAACGUUCGAAUGUCGAGCAACUUCCAUCUUUGAGGGUCAGCUUACAGCAUCAACUGACGUCAACCUAACAUGGUGUCCCAUCAGUUUCUGCGACCAAAGUUUUACCGGUGAAGUGAAGGCUGUGAUAGGGAAACCUCUGAGGUUCACCUUCUGUGUCGUCUCGGGUUCGAAUCUCUCCGCCUCUAGGCUGGUUUAUGGCGAGAAGGUCAACAUUCAACCAAAACAUGUCGACUUUCAAUACACCGUUGCCAUGGAGAUUAGUGACGUUACCAGCCACUACAUGAACCGUAACUUGACUUUACUGGCAGACGACAGGAACCUUUCUAUAUUUAUCACAGAAAAUCUAGGUCAGUCCACGACUCAUGCCGGUACAGCUUUGUGUCGAUUGAAGGUAGAAGUGAGCUCAACAUUAUCAGGUGUUAGAAGGUCAUGGCCGUACAUCUUAUGUUGA